CUUGGGACUGGGAAACUCUUCAUGAGUUGAAUGAGUGAGAAGACCUGUAGCUGUGCUGGGCUUCUAAGCGAGGCAGGGGUCUGUGUCUGGCCCCAGGCAUGUGCGUUCCCUGAUGCACAGCAGUGGAGAGCACAGAGCAGCUUCAGAAAGGAGCCUCUGACAAAUUAUCUGUGCACUUCAACUUUGGAAACUGCCUCUUUUGGGCUUGAUUUCAAAUCUGUUGAAACCAAUGGUCUAGUAAAGGACAUGGAUAAUGUCUCUCCUGAGAAAAACGAUGUAAAAAGCUGCCCCCGGGACUCUGGAUAUGACAGUCUAUCCAACAAGCUAAGCAUAUUGGACAAGCUUCUUCAUACUCACCCUGUGUGGCUGCAGCUUGGUCUGAAUGAUGCUGAAGCUGUGGAAAUUCUGCAGGCCCAGCCUCCUGGGAUAUUUCUGGUUAGGAAAUCUGCAAGACUGCAGAAGAAAGUCAUCUCUCUGCGUCUGCCUGGUGACUGUGGGUCCUGCCUAAAGGAAUUUGCCAUAAAAGAAAGCACAUACACGUUUUCCUUGGAGGGGUCUGGAAUAAGUUUUGCAGAUUUAUUCAGGCUCAUUGCUUUCUACUGUAUUAGCAGGGAUGUUCUUCCAUUCACCCUGAAGUUGCCUCAUGCUAUUGCUGCAGCAAAGACAGAAGCUGAACUUGAAGAGAUUGCUCAGCUUGGACUGAACUUUUGGAGCUCCCCGGCUAACAGCAACCCCCCGGAUCCUUCACCUCCCUGCAGGCCUGUGCCUUUGGACAGUGCUUGUAAAGACUCGCGUCAGCUCUGCCUUAUAAAUGGAGUGCAUUCUAUACGAACCAGAACGCCUUCGGAGCUGGAGUGUAGCCAGACCAACGGAGCGCUGUGUUUCAUUAAUCCCCUCUUCUUAAAAGUGCACAGCCAGGAUGUCAGUGGAAGUCUGAAAAGGCAGAGCCCGAGAACUCAAGACGUGAAUGGCACAGUGAGGCCUCGCUCCCCCCCGCCCCGGCCACCACCUCCUUCUAUUAAUAGCAUACUCACGAGUCCACAGCUUUCCAGGACUAUAAAGCAGGCGAGCAUGCCAGAAACAGUCAACCAUAAGAAAGAGAGAGGCUUGGAUUUGCUGCAGAAUAAACCAACCCCCAUUCCACCUCCUCGGCUGAAGAAGCAGGCUGUUUGCUCAGAGGCAGAAGGCGGCUCAAAGACCGCGGCAGUAGUACGACCUGGCUGCAGCUCGGUGAGCGUGCCCGAAGCUGCUGGCCUUCCAGGUGAAACCCUGCCUGAGCCUCCUCCAGCAGCUGCCAAAAAGACGGUAGCUACCGGCUCUGAGUCACACAUACCGUGGAAUGGAGGCAGGCAGAGACUGAGCGACAUGAGCAUUUCCACCUCCUCGUCCGACUCGCUGGACUUCGAUCGGAGCAUGCCGCUGUUUGGCUAUGAGGGGGACACUAACAGCAGUCUGGAGGAUUUUGAGGGGGAAAGCGACCAAGAGAGCAUGGCACCCCCUUUGAAGCCCAAGAAGAAAAGAAACAGUUCGUUUGUUCUCCCCAAGAUUGUGAAGUCUCAGCUACGGAAAGUCAGUGGAGUUUUCAGUUCCUUCAUGACCCCUGAAAAGAGGAUGAUUAAGAAAAUUGCAGAGAUGUCCCAGGACAAACGCACUUAUUUUGGAUGCCUAGUGCAGGACUAUGUCAGCUUUCUCCAGGAAAACAAGGAGUGCCAUGUUUCAAGCACUGAUAUGCUGCAAACGAUUCGGCAGUUCAUGACCCAAGUCAAGAAUUAUUUGUCCCAAAGCUCCGAACUCGAUCCCCCAAUUGAAUCGCUGAUUCCCGAGGACCGGAUAGAUGUUGUCCUGGAGAAGGCGAUGCAUAAGUGCAUUCUGAAGCCGUUGAAGGGCCACAUUGAAGCUAUGUUGAAAGAGUUUCAUACUGCAGACGGUUCUUGGAAACAGCUAAAGGAAAACCUGCAGUUGGUGCGGCAGAGGAAUCCUCAGGAACUGGGUGUGUUUGUUCCAACACCAGACUUUGUGGAUGUUGAAAAGAUUAAAGUCAAGUUCAUGACCAUGCAGAAAAUGUAUUCACCUGAAAAGAAAGUCAUGCUGCUGCUGAGAGUUUGCAAAUUGAUCUACACUGUUAUGGAGAAUAACUCAGGGAGGCUGUAUGGAGCUGAUGACUUCUUGCCUGUGUUGACAUACGUACUAGCCCAGUGUGAUAUGCUGGAGCUGGAUACUGAAAUUGAAUACAUGAUGGAAUUGCUGGAUCCAUCUUUGCUGCAUGGAGAAGGAGGCUAUUACUUGACCAGCGCUUACGGAGCACUUUCACUGAUCAAGAACUUCCAGGAAGAACAAGCUGCCCGACUGCUAAGUUCAGAAGCCAGAGAUACUCUCCGGCAAUGGCAUAAGAGGAGGACGACUAACAGGACGAUACCUUCAGUUGAUGAUUUUCAGAGUAGGGCAGUAACUUCAACUGAAGAAUAACAAAACAGUUGGGAUUACCUCGUCUUUUAAAACCAGGCCUGCAUGUCUUUCAUAUAGUGUGCUGUUGAUUAUUCAGAUGCAUCAGGUUUGUGGACUGAAGCAAGGAGGAUGUUGGAAUGGAGAAGAAAGGAUUUACUCCUCUGUGUUCACUUGUUUACAGUUCUUACCACAGCACAAAGUUGCCAGACAGGCUAACGACAACCAUCAGUUAGUUAUGAUGUAGUGAAGACCUUGAGAAAUGAAAGUGCGGGGUCAUCAGGAGAUGAUGAAACCUUUCAGCUGAGGCUCCUUCUGCUUUAUCAGUGCCCAUGCAAAUGACUACAGCACAACACUGAACAGGAAGGAGUUGGGAAAAGCAGCAGUUUUCCACAAUUUGCCUCUCUUAGGAAGAGGAGAAUUGAGUAACAGAAAUUCCAAACUAUGGACAGUGCACAAAGCUAGUCCAUCUUACUGGGAUCCAUUUUAUAUUCUGCUCACCUGCAGUUAGGUACCGGACUCAAGUAGCAUGAGUCUUUGCUCUUCUCUAGCAAAACACUACACUGUUCAUAAGAAAAUUCAGCACCUUGCAUUUCUGCUAGAUGACUGAAUGACAGAGGUUUCUUUCAGCAAGAUCUUGUAUUUCACUUUGCCUUCUCUUCCUCAGCAAAUGAACUUCAGCCAAGCUAAUUGUACGUCCAGCUAGAUGCCAUGCUGGAUGUGGGAAGAUGCAAGGAGGUGGGGGAAGAGCUGGCACUGAGUGUGUCCAGUGCUUCUGCUUCUGUUGUCUCUUCCAAAACAGCGCCUCGAAUCAGUAAAAUCACACCACUUCCAGGCUGUGCUUGGCACAAAUUCAAGCAUUUUGUUGCCUGCUCAGAGUGCCAGUUUUCCAUCUCCCUUCUCCACAUUCUGCACUCCUGAAAUGAAGCACCUUCUCUACAGCCGAUGCAUAACACAACCUUAGCUCAACUCAUCUUUCCCAUGUUGAACCAGGAUGUGAUCGCUGCAUUUCUGUGAUGCGGUCUCACAGCCUUAUCAGCUUUUGGGUCCUGGAAGGCCUUCAUCCUCCCUCCCUCAAAAGGAUGGAAAAGCAAAAAGGCCCCUAUUUUGAUGAUGAUUAAACAUAACUUUCUCAUACUGCAUAAAUAAUUUUGAUAUUUAGUAUAUGAGUUACCGGCAUUUGUACGAAGUUCAGCCUCUCCUUGAAGCAAUCAUGUCCAUCUAAAAGCACAUGCAUUUAAAAACAGGUCUUCUGUGUGUUAACUACAUUAGAAGUUAAAACUGUAGUGUGUUUUGCCUUCUCUAAGACUGAUUUUUAUUAUCAUUUAUUCAUGCUGGGUAACAAAAAUGGGUUAGUUCUAUUCAGUCAGGUUCAGUCCCAAUGGUUUAAAUGCUGCUGCAAAGCUUCAGUGUUUCAGUCUCCAAGCUAUCAAAAAAUGCUUUAAUAGAGACAAGAGUGCUCUUUGGAACUGUCGUCAUAUGAACAUUCUUCUCAGUCUUAGCUUUUAACAGCUUGUUUUUAUGAAAUGUAAAUUUUUACCAUUGCUAUUUAGCAUGCUUAAUUUAUUCAGCAUGCAAACAUAGGUACCAGCUCAGUCAAUAAACAGGUCUUUCUCACUGUCAUUUCUUUCCGCCUCCUUUAAUUUUGCUGCUUUUUAGUCUUUAAUUGCAGCUAAUUUAUUUUUUAAAAAAGCACGCGGCAGCAGGCUGCUUUGCUCAUGUGUCCAAAAGUGUGGGGUGGGGUUUUUUUUCUCCACUUGUUGCUUUUUAUUUUACUUUUGAAAUGCCUUUUGAAAGGUAGAACUGCAUUUCUUCUUUGCAGGGCAUAUUUAAAAUUUAUCCAUAUUGUCAGAGUUGUGGGCAUAUGUCCACAGGGAAAAAAGACCCAGCUUUUGCCUCAAGAUCAUAUGGAUUUACUUGAGCGUUGCAUAGUAAAUUUUCUUUCUGCAUCCCUCUAAGCCUUAUUUAAAAAAAGAAAAUGCUGUCACAUGAAACUUGGUUACAUCAGGCUCAGACACCAAAUUGCCACUGGUUAACACAGUGAAAAUGUCCUGUGUGAGGAUGGAUUUUCCAUACUUGCAGCAUCAGUGCAAACAGUUUAUCGUGCAGUAACUUGUGGAUCAGCAUCCUUGUGUGCUGCCAGCCCACGCUUUUUUUUUUCCUUUUUCCUUCUGACUAACAUAUUGCACGAAGCUUCUGUUCUCAAGUAUUGCCCCAGCAGUGGCAGCAUCAUCUCUUGGGUGUGCUGCCUCAGAUGUUUAUUUUGCUUCACAGCAUUUUGUUGCCUAGUAAGGCCAAACUAGGAAGACCCAUUAAAACCACUGGUGUUUUCCAUGUGGCUUUAAGGCUGUAUCUGUUCACUCUUAAUUGCAAGGUUAGAAUGUAAGCUAAGGAAAGGAGGACGUUGGCCUAUGAAUUUCUGUUAUGACCACCACAGGCUUGCCAGUUUUACCGUGAUCAUCACUAUUCACAAAGGUGGCCAUAAUGUACAGGAAUCACCGGUGUGCAUUUCACAACUCGAACAUGGGAGGGGCUUGCUGUUUGUGGCUGACUCUCCAGUUUUUAGAGGAUGAGUUUGGGUUUUUUGAGUUUCUGAUGUCUGUUUUCUCAUCCUACAGAACUACCUUCGUGUGGCAUUCCAGGAAGUUAACAGUGGAUGUACAGGAAAGACCUUACUAGUUAGGCCAUAUAUCACUACGGAAGAUGUCUGU